CUUACUAGCAAUUGAUAAGAAGCAUUAUUUAUUCUGAAAAAUAACGGUUAAUUUCAAACUACAUAUUUUUUUUUGAAUUAUUACGUCAUAAUUGGGGGCGAGAAAUGUGGACACGCGGGAUAUACCGACAAAACCGAAUUCCGACCCGACAAAGGAUUGGAUACGGCUUCUUAGCUUUACAGAACGACAUGUCGUCGGAAAAUACUAAAUAAUCGUAAUAAACAAAAUUGGGGGGAAUCCCCGACUACCCCAAGGCUGAAAACCGCCAACUUUGCGCAGAUUCUUCUCUCCACCGUUAAAUUAGGGCUGGCGGGAUUGCAGUUUGAUUCAGUUUCGUAUUUGGAAAAUGGGGAGGAGAGGCAAGCAGAGGAAGUUCGAAUUCGAGGACGACGAAGACGAACUUCAGGGUGUGAAACCCGGGGAUUCGAAUUCUGCCAAGUCGGUGAGCAGUGAUGAUGAGGCCAAUGAAGAUCUUAGCCUCAAUGUUGUCGAGAAGGCUUUGCGAUUGCGCGCUGGAAUGUUGGUUAUCGAUGCAGGCAAUAAUAAGGAUGGUAACUGUGAACAAGAUGGUAAUGGCGCUAUUGUUGCCAUUGGUGCUAUUGAAUUGUUUGCAUCGUCGUUGGAGGAUGCUGAUGCCGAAGCCGGAACUAGCGGAGCCAGCGGCGAUGGCAUCACCGCUGCUUCUGAGGGGCGCGAACUGGAGAGUGAGAAGACAGUGAAGCAGAGGAAGACGAACGUUAAGAAUCUGGGAACUGAAGAGAGCAAUAUGGUUGUCACAGAAGGAGAGAAGUUCGGAACGACUGGAAUGAUAGAUCAAGGGGUUUCGGUGGAAUCAAACUCUCCUGAGACAACUGAUAAUAACGUGUUCAGGAAGCUUCUCCGUGGACCAAGAUAUUUUGAUCCUCCAGACAGUUGGGGAACGUGCUAUACUUGUGGCGAGGAAGGUCAUAAUGCAGUGAAUUGCUCAUCAGCUAAACGAAAGAGAUCGUGUUUUGUCUGUGGAAGUGUGGAGCACAAUGCAAGGAGUUGCUCGAAGGCACGGGACUGCUAUAUUUGCAAGAAAGGUGGGCAUCAUGCAAAAGACUGUCCAGAGAAGCACAUGGAUGUUUCUUCAAUCUUAAAAUUAUGUUUAAAAUGUAGAGAUUCUGGUCAUGAUAUGUUUUCUUGUCAGAAUCUUUAUCCAGAUGACGAUCUUAAGAAUAUACAAUGCUACAUUUGCAAGAAAUUUGGUCAUUUAUGUUGCGUGGAUUCCACCAGCGACACUACCAUAGUUUCCUGCUAUAAAUGUGGGCAGACUGGACAUACGGGUCUGUCAUGCUCAAGAUUACGCGGUGCUGUAUCGCCCAGCACAUGCUAUAGAUGUCGUGAAGAAGGGCAUUUUGCCCGUGAGUGCACGAGUGCCACCAAGGUCGGCAAGAGGAGUCGUCGGUUAUCAAAUCCGAAAUCAAUGUCGCAAAUAGAAGAAACUAACCAUAUGGGGUCAAAAUCUGCACCUCAUGAUCUUGCAAAGGCUCAUAAUAAUGAGAAAAAGAUAAGCCAUGAAGAUAAAACACUGACUAGCCUAGAAAGUCAGAAGGGUCGCUGGGUAUCAAAUGAUCCAGGUCCUGGUACCUUCUUCAAUGGCACGUUCAUGAGAAAUGACUGGAAUUCUCCUGUUACACCAUCUCGGUGGGGCCACUAUGCAAGCCUUCAGUCAUUCACAGAGAGGCAUGCAUUACAUCCAGCGACUCCAAUGUCGUUAUGACCUGUAUGGCUCCUCGGAACGGAUACUCGGCGUCGAGAUUUGGUGGCUUUAGCAAUGAAGGAAGGAGGAAAAACUACAGCUGGUGGUGGUAGAAAGUGUUACUUGAUUUGAAUGAUUGGUAGCUGUUGGAAAACAGUACUGCUCAAAGAUUUGUUCUUUUGGUUAGUGGUUCCAAAGCAGAGUCUGAGGUCAUUGUAAGUUAACUGCUUCAUUUGUGAUCGUACCAAAUUUAACUUUUCGUUUAGUUUACAUGAUUCCCUGUAGGAGGUUUCUUCAUUUGCAGAUUGUAGCAUGCAAUUUCAAUGUCAAGAAGCUCAUCCAUUCUUCUCAAUUUGAGCGCAUUAUCUCGUUCAAGAGAUCAGAGAUUUGCAUACUCCAAUCUACAUCGUCAUACUCCAAUCUACAUCGUGUUAGAACCAAAGCUUUAUAUGUAUCGUCGAUGUUUUUUAACUUGUGUCUGCCACUUGAAAUGGAGAGAAAUAAAAACUAUGUUUUAAUUCGUUACACGAG